AUGCUGACCCUCGUGGGGUUUUCUAUUACGCUUUAUUACCUGUUCAACGACACCUUCAACCCUUCCGACCGACGAGCAGUUGGUCAUGUGCAAGAGUUUCCUCUUUUCUUCGGAACGGUUCUUUUCGCAUUGGAAGCCAUCGGAGUGAUCCUUCCUCUUGAAAACCAAAUGAAGAAACCGCGUUCGUUCGUGGGCAGGUAUGGUGUCCUGAAUGUGGCUAUGGUAGUCAUAAUUUUUCUAUACGUUGGAAUGGGUUUCCUUGGGUACGUGCGAUAUGGAAGUCACGCCCAAGGAAGUAUUACAUUGGACUUACCAGAGGAAGAAAUUUUGGCCCAGAGCGUCAAAAUUAUGCUGGCAGUCGCUAUUUUUGUCACCCAUGGACUUCAGUGUUACGUAGCUGUAGAUAUUUCAUGGAAUCACUACUUAUUGCCAUUGGUGGAGAAGAGAAGGCAUAUCUUGCUGAUGGAGUAUAUGGUUCGCACAAGUCUUGUUCUUGUAACAUUUUUGCUGGCAGUAGCUGUUCCAAAUCUGGAAUUGUUUAUCUCGCUGUUCGGCGCUCUGUGUCUCUCCGCUUUAGGAAUCGCUUUCCCAGCGAUCAUUCAGACAGCUGUGUUCUGGUAUCACCAAGACACCAAGAGCUUCUGGAUUAUGGUUACUAAGAACACCAUUCUUGUGUUCUUCUCCCUCAUCGGGCUCGUCACUGGAACGUACACAAGCAUCAUGGGCCUCAUUGAAGAAUUCAGUUAA